AAACAUUGAGAAGAACAGAAGAAGCCCCCUUGGGUCCCUCCCUCUCUCUCUCCCUCCCCCUUCUAAUCAUCGUCUCUCUAUCCAAUCUCUUCGCUCGCUCGUCUCAAUCAGUUAAAUCUAUACAUACGCGUGUACAUGUUUGCAAGCCUAUUCCAGUGACGACGGCUCAAUUUGACCCUAAGGAUGUACGGAGGAUCGUCUAAACUCGCUCGCGGCAGGGGAGGCGGUGGACCGGGUCGAAACCGCAAUUCGUUCCCUCCUCCUACUAACCGACAUCCUUCCCCCAUCGGGAGGAUGUCCACCGGCGGUGAUGGCUCCUCCGCCGCCCCGCGACAGAGGAAUACCACCGGCGCCAAGGCUGCGGCGGCGGCGGCGUCGUCUUCUCGCACGGUGGUUGAGGAGAAGUUUAGCCUAGUUCCGAGGGAGAGUCCUCCGGCUUUCGGAAUGAUAAUACGGUUAACUCCUGACUUGGUGGAUGAGAUCAAGCGUUUGGAGGCGGAUGGUGGAGCCGCCAAGAUCAAGUUCGAUGCGUUUCCUAACAAUAGCACUGGGAAUAUCAUUGAUGUUGGUGGAAAGGAGUUCAAAUUUACCUGGUCAGGGGAGCGUGGUGAUUUAUGUGAUAUCUAUGAGGAACACCAAAGUGGCGAAGAUGAAAAUGGUGUGCUGAUUGAGGCUGGAUCUGCUUGGAGAAAAUUGAACGUCCAACGAACUCUAGAUGAGUCAAUCACAAGCCAGAUGAAGAAGCGCUCAGUUGAAGCUGAACAGAAAAACAAAUCGCGCAAGGCAAUUGUUUUAGAUCCUGGGAAUCCAUCAUUGAAGAAGCAGUUAGCUCGUGCUGAAGCAAGUCCAUGGAGAAUGUCAAAUAACCAGAAGAAGGAACCUCCGCCUAAGAAGCGGAAAGUUGAUCCACCUCCAGUUCCAAUCGGAGGUCCAAAGCCUUCUUUCAGACCAGGGGUUUCAACCACUUCUGUGAAGAAUAGGCCAUCAGCUUCACCUGGACCAUCUCCUUCUAAUCAAUACAAUACCCCUUCUUCAUAUGGGACUGGGAAUAUUGCUAAAACUCACGCAGAUAACGUGAAUGUCACACCAGUCAACACAAAGGGCAGAGAGAGCAUGGUUCCUAGCGAAAAAGAUUUAUCAACCUGGGAAAGAAAUGCUUUAAGGGACACAUCUGAACGCCAAGAAAUCAAUGUUAAUAAAGAAAUUGACUUGGAGGCACAGCUAGUUGAUCUCCUAAAAGAAGCUCCAAUGAGCUUGAAGGCAUUAGAGAAAGCUGUUGGAGAUAGAACCCCUAAUGCGGCAAAGAAGAUUGAGCCAAUUUUGAAAAAAAUUGCAAAUUUCCAAGCUCCAAGGUAUUUCCUAAAACCAGAAGCAGAUAUGGAAAGCUAUAGAAAGCAUUCAAUUGAUAGCAGAAGCUCACCUGAACACCAGCAACUGCUUCCAAUCACUGAGUGCAGUCGCGACCAGUUACCUGUUCCAGGGUUUAGCAACACGGAUACCUUUUCUGUGUGUGAGCGGAAAGGAGAAGGCUCACAAGACUGUUUACCUUUGCAUCUGGGAGAGCAUCUGAGUGUGCAAGAAAAUGUUGACAUUGAGCAUCAUUCACCUGGUAUUCUUCAUGAGGAAAAGCGAUCUGAGAACAGAAAUGGUCAGGCUCGUAGCUCUAGUAGCGACAGUGAUAGUGAUAAUAGUGACAGUGAUAGUGAUAGUGGGAGCAGCAGUGAUAGCGAGGCUUCUUCUAACAGCAAGGAAGCUUCUGAUGAGGAUGUGGAUAUUAUGAGCGAUGGUGAAAAUGAGCCUCGACAGACUAUACAGUCAGCUGAGCGGGAUGCUAAUGAUCUCCCAGGUCAUGGUUCUGAUGCAGCUAACAACGAGGGUAAUGAUUCUGAUGCUGUCGACAUUGAUGGUCACGAUUCUGAUGCAGUGGACAUCGAUGGUCACAGUUCAGAUGAGGGUCAUGGUUCUGAAGCUGACAGGAAGAAUGAAGAAGUUGGCAUUCCAGGGCAUGAACAACUACCUUCUGGUCACGACAAGCUACGCGAGCGCCAAAAUUUUAUUGGGCAGUUGUUUGAUGAUACAGAUAAUACAACGAAGGAUAGCUUGAAAACUGACCAGGCUGACAUCUCUGAGAGGCUGGCCAAAGACCAGAACCAAAUAGCCCCUGAAUUGGAGCACUACAGUCAGCAAUCAGCACGAGUGAAAAACAUAAGAUCCCAGCAAUUGCCUGCCAUAGGUAAAGAUUCACAGCCUUCAGAGCGCAAGUAUGAUUUAGAACAGCUCAACGCUUCUACCAGUCAUAUGAUAGAUCCACUUAAAGGACUUCACAAGUCAUCUACUGAAAAGUUGAGUAGACAUGGUCAAAUGAAGCCUGGAGAUAGUUCAGGUAAAUCAAACAAACAUUCCGAUGCCUUGGGUAAUGUUCGUAAAUCUGACGAAUAUGACUAUCUUCCGCAUGAAACCCUUUCUAGUCGUUCAGGAAAGGCCUUCAGAGACAAUCAUAGGGAUGAUGUUCAUUUCAAAAAUAAGUUUCCAAGGAACAAAAAAGAUGGUGAGUCCUCCAUACGACCUUCAUUACCUUCUGACAAAACCAACAGAAAACACGGUGAACCGGAUGGAAGUGGGAAGGAUUUCAAGAAUGUUUCAGCCUUUGGCAUGGGUUCAUCUCCAUUGGAUAGCCAUAGAGCAAAAUUACCUAAGGGAAAUGGAUCUGUUCUCCAAAAACAAGUUUCGGACUUGGAGUUGGGUGAACUCCCUGAGUCAUAUGGGAUAGAUACAUCAUCGAAGCAGCUCGAAGAGAACACUUCUAUUAGGCAGUCAAAUCUAAAACCAAGCACUUCAGAAAACUUAUGUAUUGACUCAGAUAAACGAAGGUCUAAAAAAUCCGUCUCUAAAAAGCCAGCUCUUGCACAUGCCGGCAAUGGCACAAAGGAAUCGCCCCAACUCGACGUUAAUGACUCAGAAAGAUCCCAAAAGUUGGCUUUGCAGUCACAUGAGCAGAACCAUACAGGUACAGACACUGAAAACGGCUCACAUAACAAGAACUUAGAGGAUGCAGCUUAUAAAUCAAGACAGAGAGAUAGUAGAGCAAGGGUAGGAAGCAGUGUGGAAGGUUACGGAGAGACGAACAAAAAAACGCCCGUUAUAAAGCAGGGCUCCAAACGGCCAUCCACAUCCCGCUCAUCAAGGGAGAGCAAAAGACACAAACAUGCAACUUCUAUGAAUGGACACAAAGAUGCAUCUUUUGAUGAAGAAGACUCUUCUUAUUUGAAAUACGAGAAAGCCUCUCCUGACCAUAAGGGGCCUAUUAGGGAUCAUUUGCAGUAUAAAGCAUACAUGCAGGAAUAUUUGGAUAAAUAUGAUGAUUACUCCUCCAUUAACAAGAUAUUAGAGAGCUACAGAAAUGACUUUCAAAAGUUGGGGGAAGACCUUAAGCUUGCAAAAGGAAGGGACAUGUUGAGAUAUAACAAAAUUGUGGAGGACGUGAACGAAUCGUAUCGCAAAUAUGGGGAGAGGCACAAACGUUUGAAGAAAGUCUUUAUUGUUCUCCAUGAAGAAUUGAAGCAACUGAAAGAAAGAAUGAAAGACUAUGCAUCAUCGCACGGGAAAGAUUGAUGCAGUCUGGAACCGAAGCUCUCUAGAAAAGUUGGACCUCAUGCUCAGAGGUGAAAGAGGAGGCUCGAUGUCCAUUUCCUCUUUUGGAGUCCAGUCAUAUUGUUGAUUAAAAGAUUUAGCUGUGUUUUCUUCUUAUGAAGCUAGAAAUGAUUGAUAGGCCCAGUUUUGUGUGAGUUGUUCCUUAAGAAGACCUUUCGUAGAUUUUAUGGAUUAUUUUACUGAUCUUUGGACCAGUGGAUGAUAACCAGUAUAUGUACAUGUUUUCAAGAUCAAUUUAGUUUCUACUGGCUCUGCUUGA